AUCCCGACCAUGGAGAGAGUCAUUCCUCUCAUUCCCUCAGCCUGUCUCUCAGCCUCACAGACAACACUGUCCUACCACUGCCUCUUUCGCGCGCUCUCUCUCUAAAUCUCUCUCUCACACACACACACACACACACACACAUAUCCCUCUCUUAGCCUCCCUCACCUCUCUUUCCCCCUGUCACCCUCCUCCUCCCCCCUCUGUCUCCCUGCCUCUCCCUCUCGUUCUCAUCCACACUCACACACAAGCGCAGAUUGAAACACCUGGUCCAGCUGGGAGGUCUGCCGCUGUCAGCAGGGGUGUGUUUUUUGGGGGAACAGGCUCUGAAGGUUCCCUGCGUUCUUUCUUUGGGGGAGACAGCGACUCUGCUCUCCCCUCCCCUCCCUGCUCUUCUCCUAUCCUCUCCUCUGACUGGUGGAAUGCUAAACCUGGACUAAUGGAUGUUUCAGAACUUUGCUCCCCGGAAUCUCGCAGCUACCAGAACCAGCAGCUAGGCAGAAUGGCGGCAGACGACCACCGCAUGCCCCCGGGCUGCGGGUCCUACAUCAAGACUGAGCCGUCCAGCCCCGCCUCGGCCGACACGGCCAGCCACCACAGCCCCGGCGGCAACUCCGACACCAGCGGCGGCUACGGCAGCACCCUCAACGGCCACUCCAACGGCCUGGACUCGCCGCCCAUGUUCGGCGCGGGCGGGCCGGCGGUCGGGCCCUGCCGCAAGCCCUACGACGACUGCGCCGCCGCCUACGGCGAGGACCCCCACGUCAAGUGCGAGUACAUGCUGAGCUCCAUCCCCAAGAGGCUGUGCCUGGUCUGCGGGGACAUCGCGUCCGGCUACCACUACGGCGUGGCCUCCUGCGAAGCCUGCAAAGCCUUCUUUAAAAGGACGAUACAAGGCAGCAUAGAGUACAGCUGUCCGGCCACGAGCGAGUGCGAGAUCACCAAACGGCGACGCAAGUCCUGCCAAGCCUGCCGCUUCACCAAGUGUCUCAAAGUGGGGAUGCUCAAAGAAGGGGUGCGUCUAGAUCGAGUGCGGGGUGGCAGACAGAAAUACAAGAGGAGGAUGGACACAGAGAGCAGCACCUACCUGGCCCUCACGCUCCCCCCUCCUCCCAAAAAACCACUGACUAAGAUCGUGUCCCACCUUCUGGUGGCGGAGCCGGAGAAGAUCUAUGCCAUGCCAGACCCCUCCCUGCCCGAGGGGGACAUCAAGGCCCUGACUACGCUGUGCGACCUGGCCGACCGCGAGCUGGUGGUCAUCAUUGGCUGGGCAAAGCAUAUCCCAGGGUUCUCCAGCCUGUCGCUAGGAGACCAGAUGAGCCUGCUGCAGAGCGCAUGGAUGGAGAUCCUCAUCCUGAGCGUGGUGUUCCGCUCGCUGCCCUACGAGGACGAGCUGGUCUACGCCGAGGACUACGUCAUGGACGAGGGCCACUCGCGCCUCACCGGGCUGCUGGACCUCUACGGCUCCAUCCUGCACCUGGUGCGCAGGUACAAGAAGCUCAAGGUGGAGAAGGAGGAGUUUGUCACGCUCAAAGCCAUCGCCCUCACCAACUCAGAUUCCAUGCACAUUGAGGAUGUGGAGGCCGUUCAGAAGCUCCAGGACUCCCUCCACGAGGCCCUGCAGGAGUACGAAGGCGGCGAGCACCAGGAGGACCCGCAGCGAGCGGGCAAGCUGCUCAUGACCCUCCCGCUGCUCCGACAGACGGCCGCCAAGGCCGUGCAGCACUUCUACAGCAUUAAGGUCCAGGGCAAGGUGCCCAUGCACAAACUCUUCCUGGAGAUGCUGGAGGCUAAGGUCUGACACAGAGCCCUGUCCAGCCCAGCCGAUCCCCUGGUGAAUGGAGAGAACUAGAUCCCUGCUGGGACGUCAAGGGACUUGAAGGAAGGCUGGGAAAAAAAGAGACAAUUCAGUAAGGGUUUAAAGUGCAAACGCAAAAUGGAUGCAUAUCAAUUUAAUAUAUAAUGAUGUAAUAAUAGAGGCUGUGUACAGAGGUGAAAGUUUUGUUGUUGCAUUUCAUGAUUUGCCAUGCGCGAAGGACAAACCCCCCGACUCCGUAGAACCAGAAUGAGGAACCCAUGCCCCCAGCUUCCCGUAGGUUCCUUAACUUUGUGAAACCCUGGUCCUGAAAGCAAAGUGUGCAUAUGUGUUGUGACGCAACUGAAAUGCUAGCUAAAACAAGAUUUUUAAUCUUUUUUUUUUCUUGUGGAGUUCAAACUUUAAAGGUUUUUUGUGGCAUCACGGGUACUCUCUGGCUAUGUAGAUAUUUAUCCCAAGUUACAUAUUCUUAAGAGUCUGUUGCACUGGACAGCUGUUGUAUCACUUUCAUGUAAGAUGGACAAAUAUGGCCAAACCCCAUCCAGACGUGUCUUCAUCUGUAACUCUGUAGAGAUUUGUGGAAACAUCAGAGCCAGGGCAGGGGUAUAUAGGAAAAGGUGAAAACAUGAUCUACUUAUCCAAUGUACUGUAAACCAGCAAAAGUUCUUCUGCACUAACACAGCAAUAAGGCAAUCUGUUGUAUCUUUUGUGUGUUAUGGUCCACUGUCUGUCCUUAAACUGUCAAACCCUCCUCUGGGUCUACUGUAAAAAAAAAAAAAAUUGUGUCAUGUGUGUCUGUGUGCUGGCAAAACUGUUACGCGCUCAAUGUGCUGAUUCCCAUUAAAAAAAAAUAGUCAGACGAUCUUAUUGCCCAGCUUUGUCGCCAUUUGCAUUUCGGAGAACAGAUGACCCCCUGACCAGCGGAAAUAAGGACGGCCACUGAGGGGAUAUCCACAGCAUUACGCAGAGUGGUGCGGUCAGAACGCAACCUACGCUCAAGCACUCACCGGCUGUUUGAAAAACUUUUUUGCGUUACAGUGAGCCGAACAUAGAUGCGGAGGCAAGGUCCUUGGUGCCCGCUGCAUCCAUCACCGAAGCAGGCUGGGCCGUGUUGCGAGCUGCUGUCACAAGGACAGUCCUGUGGAAAUGAAAGGUGUACCUCGGGGACCAGGUGCACACCGCAGCCGCGAAUAAAGCUGCAGACGGCAGAUGGCUGUCUCGGUUAGCCUCGGACUGUAAUGACAGGUUUUACAGGUAGGCCAUAUGGUGCCCCCUCAGUGGCUCAGCGGUGUCUGCACGGGCGUUCUGGUACCUUACUGGCAGACGGCGUCUUGCCUUGGGCGUAACCGAGGUGCUACUGGCAUGUGCAACUCUUAAUUACUUAAUUUGGUUCAGUUGUGUGGGACUAAAACCAAUUUGUGCUGCUCAUUUUCGCGUUGUUUUUGACAGAAUUCUGUGGGAAGCAAAUGUGAACGCUGCAGAAAAGCUUAAUGCGAUGUGUCACAUAAUCUAAUUGUGGUGCUGUAGUGACUUGAUGCUAUUUUCAAAGGAAACUAAGACAUUCUCUGGAGGAAUGCUGGGAUCUGUCUUUGAAUCUAAUUGGCCUUUAGGGUUCUUAAAUACUCACUCUUUCACUCGCUUGGAGGUCGACAGGCCUCAAAGCUCAUGAUAACUUACAUUUAAUCCAAUAGAUUGUGCUAAUUCAACAUAACUGAGGAUAUUGUAUAUACUUUAACUGUGUAAAAUGGUAACAUUUCACAUAACAAAUAUAAAGUGACUUUAAUAUGAUUGUAAACUGACAACAAAUAUUUCCCAUGUGUCGUCUACUCUCUAAGGACCAUGGUACAAAUGCUGCAGAUUUGGUUUAUAUUUCAACAAAACUGCUUGAAUUUUUAGUGCUGUCCAAUAUCAUCUAUACCAAGACCAAUGUCUGUAUCACUUCAGAGAGCCUGCAUGGGAGAUCAGGCAUAAAUCCUCAUGGAUUCACUGGAAUGUACGGCAGGUUUAAAUUUAGUGGGAUACAGCUCUCGCUUAUCAUAUUCCCCCACUAAGCAAUGAACACAACUGAUCUAUAAAUACAGCCUAUGACUCCAGCAGUGAUACAACAAACAAAAUGUCACAUAAACAAUCAAAACUGCACGAAAACCUCAACCCAAAACUCCCCAGAACUGACAUUAUUGAGGUGAAUCAGGAGCUGUAGUACUACUUGUGAGAGCCUUUAAUUGCCUGGAGAUUUCCUGGAGUCAACAACAGGAAACAAUUACCUCACAUCAGUCAAAUCAAAACAUUUGAAGACUAUCAUAUAUAGGAAUUGCUAGGAGGAUUUCAGGUGGUGUGUUGCUUUUGUAAUAUGCCCAGGGUUGUAAACUGGGAAAUCUUCAGAUCACAAUGGCCCUGAUUUUAUGGGUAUUGGAGCCCUGUACAUGGUGGAUUUUAUGGAUUCACGAAUCAUGUCGUGGUAGACUAUAUGGAUUUUAUUGUCAUGUCAGAGAUAUAUUUAUGGAUUUGUAUUACACUGGUAAUAACAUGCUUUUUGCCGUAUCACCCAACAUAUUUUUCUAAUGCACACUUUCUCAUGGUUUAGUUCUGUCCAUGUAGGUCUUACACGCCUUACUGGCUUUAUACCAUGGAAACCAUUUCCAUAUGCAGCUAAUAUACAGCACGCUCAUAUGAAUACCAAUACUGUACAUUUAAAAUGAAACAAAGGCGCUACAACAGUAGUAUAAAUCGCAAUAGCAACAGUAUUUCUAAAAUAGAUUUAUAUCCAUAACAGCACUUUGAACACAUGAAAGUAAAAGUAUAUGAUAAAUGUAUUAUUAUUAUUAUUAUUAUUAUUAUUAUUAUUAUUAUUAUUAUCAUCAUCAUCAUUUCCUUUGUCCAUGGCAAAAAUAAAGGAACAUUUCACUUGCAAAUAAACACAUUGGUAAAGGGAUGUAUCUUCUACAUAUGAAUUUAAAAAAAAUAUAUCCAACAAUAUUUAUCUUAAUGGCAUACUAUGCAGGAUUUUCACGUUGAAAAUAUUAUGAAACAACCAUGCUCAGUCAUUACUAUGAUGCACUGGCAAUCUGUGUCUGUGUUCACUUCUGCCCAGUCUUUGCUCAUCUGUCUGUAUUUGUUAUUCUAAAAAUUGUUCCAGACAUUUCUGAAGGGGGAUGGCGGCAUUCCAUCAAGCUAUGCAGCGGGAGAGGUAUAUCACUUUGCUGCAAUUGAUACACAAAGCUAGACUAUGUAAAGAUGCAAAAAUUACAUAAAUAAAAAUAAAACUGACAAUGAA